AAGCUUACCAUGGGAGAGGAGGAACGGGCAGCAAAGAGUGCAUGCAAAGGCAGACGCGAGGAGCAGGAGGAGGAGAGCCGCGGGCCAUGGGAUUUCAACGGGGCAGAGGGUGAGGGGGAGGGGGGGGGGGGAGAGGGGGAGGAGGAGGACGACGAGGAGGACGACGAGGAGGAGGGGGAGGGGGAGGGGGGAGGGGAGGGGGAGGGAGAGGAGGAGGAGGACGACGACGAUGACGACGAGGAGGCGUAGCGGUAGAAGGAAGAAUAAGA